GCCCAAUCAAACCCUAUAAAUCUCUCAAAUCACAAACUCACAGCCCUAAUUCCCAAAUUGCAGAUAGCAAAAGCAAUCACUCCCCAAAAUGUCAGGAAGAGAAGUUCGAGAGUACACAAAUCUCUCCGAUCCCAAAGAUAAGAAAUCGGGGAAAGGGAGGAUUGAUGAUGAGGAUACUACGUUUCAGCGGAUGGUUGCUAAGAUGCAAGAGGUUGCUGGUGAACGUGGGGGAUACCUUCAUGGACGAGGCGCCUUGGACAGUGAUGAUUUGCUCUAUCUCAAGGAGCAGAUGGAAGCUGAGGAAGAUGCAGAACGCCUUCUACGCCGCACCGAGAAACGGGCUUUUGCUGCGUUUAAAAAAGCUGCAAGCAUAGCUGAUUCUUCACCAGCAACAAUUCCCCUGCCACUUCGGGUUGAGCCAAAACCAAAGAGUGGGAUUAGGCAGCAGGAUUUACUUAAGAAAGUGGUGGAAGUCAAACCAAAGCGACCAAGAGUUGCAACCCCUCAUGAUAAUAAGAACGUUACUGUAUCUGCCAUCACUGGACACUCAGCUAACAGUAAACCAGAGGCAAACCAGGGGGAAAAAGUGGCACCUUCAGUAGAUGGUGAUAAAACCAAAAAUAACAUGGACAACCCUGUUAAAAGCUUGCUAGUAGCAUAUGUAAAUUCCGACAGUGAAGAAGAUUGAUGGAUGAAAACUAAUUGUAUGUUUGACAACUGUAAUUUUGUUCAAGUUCAUUAGUACAAAUGAGCCUUGUUGAUCUAGAACGAAUAUGUAGCAGAGCUCAAUGAAUUAAUAUAUAUUACAAUUUACAACGUCA